AUGAACGCCUACAUGAUCUGGUCCCGAAUUCACCGUUCUGAAACAAGCCCAUCCUGGCACCCCAUUUUCCAUCAUAAGUGGCAGGCUUGGAGAGGAGUGGAACAAACUGACGGUGGAGCAGCAACAGCCCUAUUAUGA